CUACUGUUGGCAUUUGUCUUCUAGAGUUCACAUUUACCAUCCAAGAAAACGUGAAAAUGAGCAGCCGACGGAAACGUGCUCCUCCAGUGAAAGUAGAUGAAGAAAAGCAACAGCAGCUUCGUUGGAAUAUGCAUGAGGAUAGAAGGAAUGAACCUCUCACUUUAACUGAUGACGAGUAUCCCUAUCCAGGUUCAGAUUCCUCCUCUGCUCACUGCAUCAUCUUAGAUGAUGUAAAGGAAGAAGUGGCUCACAGAGAUAAAAAGAGAUGUUUGGAGGAGGUGAGCGUCUCAAAAUCAAUUGAUAAAGAAGAGACUGGUAACAGCUUUUCCCCUUUGUCUGUAAAGCUGAAUAUUGUGAUCUCUCCCCAUCACUUUGAUAAUUCUUGGAAAGCAUUUCUAGGAGAAUUAACUCUUCAGCUUCUUCCUGAACAGAGUUUAACUGAAAAUUUUUCUGAAAGGAGUUUUACAUUGAUGAGUUCAGAAUCAAGCAACCAGUUCCUGAUCUGCGUUCAUUCAGAAUGCAUAGAUGUAGAGAAACAGGAAAAAGGACUCCGCAAGCCAAUCAGUAUUUGUGACAAGAGCAUUCGAGUGGAAUCAUCCUUCAGUGGUGAAAUGUUAGAAGAUUUGGGGUGGCUGCAAAAGAAGAGAAGAAUAAAACUUUACCAAAAACCAGAAGGAAGCCACAUUAUCAAGGUUGGAAUUUAUCUUUUGGAAGAUGGCCUAGCAAAACUAGACUUUUUCAGUGAGGCAAAUUCAAGAAUGAAAAAGUUCAAUCAGCUCAUGAAGAGAGUGAUGGAAAAGUUAUACAAUUUUAUCCCAGACCCAUAUAAAAGCAUCAUCCGUGAGUACCCAAGUGCUGGGCCACAGUUGCUCGGUGGAAUCCUAGCAGAUGAGAUGGGUCUCGGAAAGACAGUGGAGGUCUUGGCUCUGAUCCUGACACAUACUCGACAAGAUGUCAAACAAGAUGCUUUGACUCUUCCUGAGGGAAAAGUGGUGAAUUAUGUCAUUCCAUCACAUUCUGGAGGAAAAGUAAAAAACACAGCAACCCAGAAUUUGGAAAUUGAACCAAAAGAAAAAAUUCAGUGCCCCCCUACACGUGUGAUGAUCCUGACAGCUGUGAAAGAAAUGAAUGGAAAAAAAGGAGUUUCCAUCCUUUCCAUCUAUAAGUAUGUCAGUUCUAUAUAUAGAUAUGAUGUCCAGCGGAACAAGAGUCUUCUGAAACGGAUGCUGAAAUGUUUAAUUUUUGAAGGUCUUGUGAAACAGAUCAAAGGCCAUGGUUUUUCUGGGACUUUUACAUUGGGGAAGAAUUACAAGGAAGAGGAUAUACAUGAUAAAACAAAAAAGCAGGCAGUGUGGAGUCCAAGGAAAAUUCAGAAAGAAUCCAGAAAAUCAGGGAGCAAAGACACAGAUUCUGAAUACUUGCCAUCAAACACCUCUGGUGAUGACAACGAUCCUUACUAUUAUUACUACAAGGCCGGGAGAAAUCGUAGUAAAAUUAGGAAAAAGCCUGGUCCGUCCACAGAAAGGGGCAAAAGUCAGCCUAACCUCGAUCUCAGUUCAGAAGAUCACUGCCCAGCUGCCAAUGACUCUGGAAUUACUGAUGUUACCACAUCUGAAAGUACGUGUGUCCUUGAAGUCAAGCAGGAACAGGCAGCAGAGAACCAAGCUGAGUCUCUAAACCCCGCUGGUGCUGAUGUGCCGCAUUCUAACAUUGUGAGUCCCUGCAACUCCUCUGACUAUCGCUUUGAGUGCAUAUGUGGUGAACUUGACCAGAUGGACCUUAAGCCUCGUGUUCAGUGCCUGAAAUGCCACCUGUGGCAACACGCAGAAUGUGUGAAUUACGAAGAGAAGAACCUGAAGAUUAAGCCUUUUUACUGCCCCCACUGCCUUGUUGCAAUGGAACCAGUGUCAACAAGAGCAACUCUGAUCAUCUCGCCAAGCUCCAUCUGUCAUCAGUGGGUGGACGAAAUCAACAGGCAUGUGAGGUCGUCGUCUCUUCGCGUGUUGGUAUAUCAAGGAGUGAAGAAAGAUGGCUUUUUGCAGCCUCACUUUUUGGCAGAACAGGAUAUAGUCAUUAUCACCUACGACGUCCUCCGCUCAGAGCUGAACUACGUGGAUAUCCCGCACAGCAACAGUGAGGAUGGGCGCCGCCUGCGCAACCGGAAGCGCUACAUGGCCAUCCCCAGCCCCCUGGUGGCCGUGGAGUGGUGGCGGAUCUGCCUGGAUGAGGCCCAGAUGGUCGAAUGUCCUGCGGUGAAGGCUGCAGAAAUGGCUCAGCGCUUGAGUGGGAUUAACCGCUGGUGCAUCAGUGGCACUCCAGUACAGAGAGGAUUGGAGGAUCUUUUUGGGUUAGUGGUCUUUCUGGGUGUUGAACCUUACUGUGUCAAACACUGGUGGGUUCGACUCCUCUAUCGCCCUUACUGCAAGAGGAACCCUCAGCACCUGUACAGCUUCAUUGCCAAGGUUCUAUGGAGGUCGGCAAAGAAAGACGUGAUCGACCAAAUCCAGAUACCUCCUCAGACAGAAGAAACCCACUGGCUACACUUUUCUCCAGUGGAAAGACAUUUUUAUCACCGCCAACAUGAGGUGUGCUGCCAGGACGCAGUAGUAAAACUCAGGAAGAUUUCCGACUGGGCUCUGAAGCUCAGCAGCCUGGACAGACGGACUGUCACCUCCAUCCUGUACCCACUGCUGAGGCUCAGGCAGGCCUGCUGCCACCCACAGGCCGUUCGCGGGGAGUUCUUGCCACUCCAAAAAAGCACCAUGACAAUGGAGGAGCUGCUGACAUCGCUGCAGAAGAAAUGUGGAACUGAAUGUGAAGAAGCUCAUCGGCAACUAGUUUGUGCCCUCAAUGGCUUAGCAGGCAUCCACAUCAUUAAAGAUGAAUACUCAUUGGCAGCAGAACUGUACAGAGAAGUGCUGCGUUCAUCUGAGGAACAUAAAGGAAAACUCAAAACCGAUUCACUCCAAAGACUUCAUGCUACCCAUAACUUGAUGGAAUUGUUGGCAGCCAAGCACCAAGGGAUACCUCCUACCUUGCGAGAUGGCAGGCUUAAGGAAGAGGCCAAACAGCUGCGAGAGCAUUAUAUGACCAAGUGUAACACAGAAGUUGCAGAAGCCCAGCAAGCCUUGCUUCCUGUGCAGCAGACCAUACGUGAGCUCCAAAGAAAGAUUCAUUCUAAUUCUCCUUGGUGGCUAAAUGUGAUCCACAGAGCAAUAGAAUUUGCUAUUGAAGAGGAGCUCGUUCAACGAGUGCGAAAUGAAAUAACCAGCAACUACAAGCAACAAACUUGCAAACUUUCUAUGUCAGAGAAAUUCCAUGACUGCAGAGGUCUUCAGUUCUUACUUACAACACAGAUGGAUGAGCUAACUAAAUUCCAGAAGCUAGUGAGAGAGGCUGUGAAAAACCUGGAGGCUCCUCCAUCUCGUGAUGUUAUUGAGUCUGCAACAAUCUGUCACCUCCGACCAACCAGACUUCCUCUCAACUGCUGUGUCUUUUGUAAGGCUGAUGAAUUGUUCACAGAGUAUGAAUCGAAGCUAUUUUCUUACACAGUCAAAGCCCAGACUGCAAUAUUUGAGGAGAUGAUAGAAGAUGAAGAAGGACUGGUGGAUGAUCGAAUGCCUACCACCAACCGGGGUCUCUGGGCUAUCAGUGAGACAGAGCGAUCUAUGAAAGCUCUACUAUCAUUUGCAAAAUCACAUAGAUUUGAUGUUGAAUUCAUUGAUGAAGGAAGUGCUUCAAUGGAUCUCUUUGAAGCUUGGAAGAAGGAAUACAAGUUGCUUCAUGAAUAUUGGAUGGCUCUGAGGAAUCGUGUAUCUGCUAUUGAUGAACUUGCAAUGGCUACAGAACGACUAAGAGUCCGUCAUCCUAAGGAGCCAAAGCCCAGUCCUCCCGUUCUUCACAUCAUUGAACCACAUGAGGUAGAACGAAAUCGGAUAAAGCUACUAAAUGAUAAAGCUGUUGCUACAUCACAGCUUAAGAAAAAACUUGGGCAGCUUCUUUACCUAACUAACUUGGAGAAGUCUCAAGACAAAACGUCAGGAGGUAUUAAUCCAGAGCCUUGUCCAAUCUGUGCUCGGCAGCUGGGAAAACAGUGGGCAGUCCUGACCUGUGGGCACUGUUUCUGUAAUGAAUGCAUUUCAAUUAUUAUCGAACAGUACAGCGUGGGGUCUCACAGAAGCUCCAUUAAGUGUGCCAUUUGCCGCCAGAACACGUCUCACAAAGAAAUCUCGUAUGUCUUCACCUCAGAGAAAGCCAGCCAGGAAGAGGACAUCCCUGUGAAGGGCAGCCAUUCUACCAAAGUGGAAGCUGUGGUCAGAACUCUGAUGAGAAUCCAGUCUAGAGAUCCAGGGGCUAAAGCACUCGUUUUUUCAACGUGGCAAGAUGUAUUAGAUAUUAUUUCAAAAGCUCUCACUGACAACAACAUGAAAUUUGCACAGAUCAGUCGUGUCAAGACAUUUCAGGAGAAUCUUUCAGCAUUUAAACAUGAUCCCCAAAUCAAUAUUUUGCUGCUGCCCUUACACACCGGUUCUAAUGGAUUAACUAUCAUUGAAGCAACGCAUGUUCUCUUGGUGGAGCCCAUACUGAACCCUGCCCAUGAGCUCCAGGCCAUAGGAAGGGUGCACCGAAUUGGACAAACAAAACCUACUAUUGUACACAGAUUCUUAAUUAAAGCAACCAUAGAAGAAAGAAUGCAAGCAAUGCUGAAAACUGCUGAGAGGAGUCACACAAACUCGUCAGGGAAGCAUUCGGAGGCCUCCGUCUUGACCGUGGCUGACCUGGCAGACCUAUUUACCAAAGAAACUGAAGAGCUUGAAUGAAGUCCGCUUGAUUCAGUCUGCAAACUUUAAUGUAUUUUAAAACUUUCACAGCUUGUAGAGCAAAGUUAUAAGUAAAAUAUCCAGUAGAUGUCAGUACAGACUAUUCUUAGUGGAAUGAAUUGAUUCUUUUUUUAGUUGUACAGUGUCUUAGUAGAUAUUGAGUCCUUUUCAAUAAACUGUUUCCAGAAGAUCUAUAAAGAUUUUUAAUUUUUCACUCCUAAUAAAACAUUUAUUUUUGUUCCAAAGAUUAUCUAUGUCAGAGGGAAUUAAGAGCGGUAGUGUGUACUUUUCUUUUGAUAAGUUCCGUCUUAAAAAGAGUUGGAAUAAGAGAGAAAGUAAGCUUGCCUGGUUUUCUAUGACCUGGUCUAUUCAACCAACAUGAAUCUCAUUUUUGGAAUGGCCUUCAGUAUUUUUAGCACAUGAGUCACCAAUUCUUGUUAGUAAUACUUUAAGUAGAUGGUGAAUUACAUUAACUCCUAGUUAUUUGAGUAGAUUUAUACUGUAACUCCAUACAUAGUAACUCUACAGUAAUACAACUAACAAUAAGCUAAUAUUAGACACUUUUUCUUUUCUCUGUAUCUUGCUACAAAAAAGCGAAACGCUGAUCACUUCAUGUUUGUAUUACAUGUUAAGUUGAUUCGGUGCAAGGAGUUAACUUUAAAUUGCAUUUUUAAGUAUAUUAAUGUUUACCUUAAAAUGAUCUAAACUACUUGCUCUACUUUUAAUUUUUUGUAUUUAAUUUUUUUACAUAUUUUAAGAUUGAUGUAUCUGUAAAUAUUGCAAUUUUUGUAAUUUUAGUUCUUAUCAUUUUAACAUGGAAACAUGGCAGGCUUUUUUUUUAAUCAUUAUUCUACUGUUGUCUUCUUUCUUUUCCUUCCCCAUGUUCUUACGUAACUAGACUUUUAACCACUAAUAUCUAAAUUUAUGAUAGGGUUUGUUAUUUUCUUCCACUAGUACUCCUCUCAACUAGUAUUUUAUCUUUGGAGCAAGGGAAUGUCAUAUUUACAUAAACAAAUAAUUGCAAGUGAUCACCACCUAGUGUUUCUUCUUCUGUGAAGAAUUAAUGGACUUUGACAUUUCUAAGGAGGAGCUUAUUGUAUCCUAGCUGUUUGAUGCAAUACAAAUGUUCUUGUUUUGUUCUGUUUUCUUUGAGCCUUCAAAGUUUUAAAUGACCCUCAGGACUUAUUAGCUUCUUCUUAGCUACCCAGAAAACUGUAAUAGAAACAUCCCCUGGAUCACAUUUGUCCGAGAGGCUUUGGUGCUUAGUUCAGGUGCAUUUUCCUAUUCUAGGUUGGACAUAAUUCAACUGAAGAAAACACACACACGUUUUUGGUGCUUAUUCUUCAGUUAAAGGAGAUAACGCAUUAAUUCUUUUAUAUGAAAUAAAACAGAACUAUUAGUUUUGUAGCUCUUUAACACUAUAAAGAGCUUUCCUGUACAUUCACAUGUUUAAUUUGCCCAACAGUCCUGUGAAGUUGAUGUAAUCAAUAUUAUUCCUGUUUUAAACGUAGAGAACUGAGGUUCAGAACUAUUGAGAAACAUGCCUAUGACAUGUAGCAAGGUAAACAGUGGAACUCAGGUCCCCUGACUCCAAAUUUCAUGUUCUUUCUCUAACUCAUCUGUCCUACUGAGAUUCAGAAGGUCUGUGGUUAUAAUUUCAUAUUUCAGUAUUUCUGUUUGUUUCUUAGUAUUCCUUUCUGAGCUAAAGCGUUAGGGAAAACAAUUUGAUAUGCUUCAAUUUUGUAAAAAACAACAACAACAACAACAACAACAAAAAUAUAUAUAUAUAUAUAAAUAUAUAUAUAAAUAUACCUAUCUGUAUUAGAGGAAAAACUGCUCUUAUUUAUUUCUGUAAGAUAUCAUCAAUUAAAUAAAUAUUUUAGUGGAAGUUGAAAUUUGGGGAUUUAUUUAAUUUCUGAUCCAUAGGAUAUACGAUGUGGGUUUUUUUGGUUUUUGUUUGUCUGCUUUGGUCUCUCAACAAAAGAUGUCAAAAUCGUUUAUACUACAAAAUCCCAUAUUUUAUAGGCACUUGUUAUUUCUUCAAAACAGUUGAGGCAGUUCUUCCACAUAAUUGUUCCAAACAUACAGAUGUAACCCCCACAUUUUCUUGGCUGCAAACAAAGAACUUUUUUGUUUCCUUCUUCCAUCAUUUUAUAUUCUCGGAAAUAUCACUGUGCUUAUAAACCGUUGUUCUCAGAUGGGUGCUGUACUGAUGAAACAGUGAGAAAAAAAUGAGGUAGUUCCAGUCCUUAGAGAGCGGAAAUGUGUUUGGACGAGAGGAAGCAUUCUCUGUUCAGUGAUUCAGCUGACCUCAUAGGACUGAAAGGACUUAUUUAUAGACAGUGUAAAAUACCUGUACCGAAUUCCAGAAUCUUUUGCUUCAAACCCAGGCAGCUUUACUGUUUAUUGUCAUUUCAGCAUUUCUCUUUGUGUGUGCUCUUGGCAGAAGAUCCAAACAUUUGAUUUUAGGGAUUGGUCCCUUUCGUAUCACAUUAAUAACAACAAACUAAAAACUCUUGAAAUGAUAAAUUCAACAUGUAAACCACAAAUACUUUACAAAUAAUUAUUAAACCUAAAUAGUUAUCAAAAUAUUUAAGAACUGAAUUUAGCAAUGCAAGAUUAAUCAUUGCCUCAAGCUACCCUUUCAGGUGGACAGAGGAAGAAAUGGUGGUUUUUAAAUCUCCUCCUGCUUUUAUUUACUAGUUCUCCCAAGAUAUAGUGUGCUAGAGUUCUUUAUAUUUAUUAAACCACAGGAUAACCUUUGAGAAAUGUAAAAAUCACCUAUGCGGAGUGACCUUAGGUUUAGGUAAAUUGAAUAAAAAGCACUUUUCAUUUUUUCUAGAAUUUAAACAAAAUCUCAUAAUAAUAUGCCAUUUCAUAAUUUUUAACUGGCAUGGCAAUAUAAAAAUGAAACAUUAUGAAAAGAGUACAGUACAAGCAAUACACUUUAAGCCUGGCUGCUCUGAUAAAGGAAAUCUAAUCUUCAAUAAUGUUUCUUCAAAGUAGGAUCCAUUAACUGUGUUUUAUAAAAUUGUGUCAAAUGUCCGAGAAUCGCCAUGGACCCCCUGUUACAUUGUGCAGCCACAUGACUGCUAUGAUGUGUAGCACAGAAUACUGAACCACUUACAAGCCUCCCUUUAGAGGGAGACUAUGAGUAAGUGAUGACCUCAGAGGGGAUUCAAGUAUUACGACAGGCCUGUGGUGUUAACCGUUAUAGAGCAGAUAGUAUCACAUACAGAAAGCAGCAGGAGAACAUGACAGGGACAAAAGUUGCCAAAUCUAGCCUUCCCUUGCCUUCAGUCAGUGUUUCAGGGACUGACUCUGUAUCUUGUCUUUGAAGGUCCCACACCCUCCCUUGGAUCCUACUUCAUUAUUUAAUAUCAGUGACUCUCAAGACAUGUUCACUGAAACUCUCAAGACAUGUUAUAUUGAAACCAAAUCUUUUGUACUGCAGCUUUUGCUUUUUUCUUGCAACAAAGAAAUAAAAUUUAACCUCCA